AUGCGAGCGGCCACUGCCCUCGGCCGGACGUGGGCGUCAACAUGCUGGGGACUCGGUAGUCAACCGCUUCGACCUCAGGUGCUGCGGCAUAUCCAAUACAGCGCGCGCAGCGGGCGAGGACACAAGAGCUUCUCAACCAUCCACAACGUCCGGCGACUCUUCCGCGCACCGCCUACGCCCGUCAAGGGGGGAACUGUCCUCCUGGCAGCACUGAGCCCAGCUGCAUUCGUUCAGAUCGCCGAAGACGAUGAGGAUGGCAACGGCAACGGCCUCACUCAUGAAGAGCACAUGCUCGAGAUCUCGAGGAAAGAGCUGGCAGAAUACGUACCCGAGCGAUUGAGAGGCUCGAAGAAAAUCAGACGGAGCAUAUGGAGAUUCAUGGACACUUGGAUUGUUGAACCGAUAGCGACAGGAUUGCGGUUUUUGCAUUUGGUCAUCAUAUUCGUGCCGGUGAUUGUAACAGUACCCGUCAUAUGGUUUGGCGCACAGAAUCCGGACAGAGACGGUGAGCGAAGCGGGACAUUGUGGUGGUAUGGCUUCCUGGUGGGAUCGAUGGAGCGAGCUGGAGCGGCCUUCAUCAAGUUGGGUCAGUGGGCGGCGAGCAGAACGGACAUCUUCCCUAAAGAGAUGUGCAUGAUCAUGUCCGCGCUACACUCCAAUGCCCCGGCACAUUCAUUGGAGGUCACGAAGCACACCAUCGAGAGGGCAUUUGACAGGCCGUUUGAAGAGAUCUUCGAGGAGUUCCACGAGAAGCCAUUGGGUGUGGGCGCCAUUGCGCAGGUGUACAAGGCAAAGCUGAAGCCCGACUUGGCCGCAAGCGAGCAGGACAGGUCAGAUGAGCCCCAGACGCUGAGAGAGAAGGCAUUGAAGACGGUGGAUCCCUUCCUGAAGAGUACUCCUCAGCGGAUACCCUCGACCUACGUGGCAAUCAAGGUGCUGCAUCCCAAGAUCGAGAGGAUUGUUAGGCGCGACUUGAAGAUCAUGGGAUUCUUCGCCAAUAUCAUCAAUGCAAUACCGACAAUGGAAUGGCUGUCCUUCCCGGAUGAAGUCAAGCAAUUUGGCGAGAUGAUGCGCUUGCAGCUCGACCUCCGCAUUGAGGCUGCCAACCUGACAAUCUUCAGAAAGAACUUCCGGAAUCGGCCAACUGCAUGGUUCCCAUACCCUUAUACCCAAUACACAUCUCGCCAAGUGCUCGUGGAGGAGUUCGCUACCGGCACUCCACUUGAGCAUUUCCUUGAGAACGGAGGCGGAGUCUUCCAGAAAGAGAUCGCAGAUGAAGGUCUUGACGCGUUCCUGCACAUGCUGCUGAUUGACAACUUCAUCCACGCCGAUUUACAUCCUGGUAACAUCAUGGUACGCUUUUACAAGCCAGCAACAAUCGAAUCGCGUACGCAUUUGCGCGAACUUCGAGGCAAGGUUGUCGGCAACCCGAAAGCGGACGUGGAAGGCUCCAUCGACGUGACGGAAGAAGUGCUCAAGCGCCUCCGUCCCCAUCGACACGAUAAAUCAGCCUGGACAGAGACACUGGCUCAGAUCGAUCGCGAAAAUUUCAGCCCUCAGCUCAUUUUCAUCGACACCGGCCUCGUCACCGAGCUGAACGAGACUAACCGCAAGAAUUUUCUUGAUCUUUUCAAAGCCAUCGCCGAGUUUGACGGGUACAAAGCGGGCCACCUCAUGGUCGAACGAUGUCGACAACCCGACGCAGUCAUUGACAAUGAAAUCUUCGCGUUAAGAAUGCAACAUCUGGUCCUCGGCGUGAAGAGCAAGACUUUCGCUCUGGGCAACAUCAAGAUUGGCGACAUCCUGAACGAAGUACUCGAUAUGGUCCGAUCACACCACGUCCGCCUCGAGGGAGAUUUCGUCAACGUCGUCCUUUCCAUCCUCUUAUUGGAAGGCAUUGGUCGAAGUCUGGAUCCGGAUUUGGAUUUGUUUUCUGGGUACGUUCCCUCCUCCCCUUUCCCUAUCCCCAAAGCUCUGAUGAUGACGAUUUCGCGCAGUGCGUUGCCCAUUUUGCGACAGUUGGGUGCACAGAACAGUAAGUCGUUGCUACAGUCCGGCGAUCUUUCCAUGGUGAAGGUCUGGGCUGGAUUGGAAGCGAGGAAAUUUUUGCAGGCGAGUAUUGAGAGCGUGGAGAUGUGUGUCAAAUAUGACCAGUUGUCUCCGAACAUCUGA